AUGGAUGAGAAGCUUCGAACAAAUCAAGAAUCAAGUAACACAUCUAACGUGCUAGGGUCUCUGCAAGCAUGGAAUAAUGCUGCCAGUCAACAUACUCCUAACGAGAAUACAAACGCGUCCAUGAGCCCACAACUACCGUUAGCACCGUCAAAUUACUCGGCACCAAUUUAUCAAAGCCCUCAUCUGUAUGGUUCAUCGCCUAGUGGUGCACCACCAACUUCCAAUGGUUAUUCUAACAUUUAUGGUACACAACAGUAUAUUAACAACCUUCCCAACAACUCAUCGCUGCCUUACAUCCUGCCAGACAAUUGGAACCAACCAUACCCUCCUUACAGCUCCACACCGGCGAAUCGGUCACCAGGAAAUUUUCCACCACCACUAUCUCGACCUCAUCCUCAUGUUAAUUAUUCUCAACCAAUUCCUCCCUCGUCGUCUCCCUCUGUGAAUAUACAUAUAAAUAACUCUGUGUACGUUGGUGAUGCUCCAUCUUCAUUUCAAGACCAAUCGUCAAGCAGAGUCCAAGUACAGAACAACACCCCUCGAGGGCCAUCACGACCAAGUCUGAAUCACAUCCAGGUUUCAUCCAAUCGAAGAAUCAAUUUAUCUCUGGGUGUUUCUGUUAGCUCCCAAUUAUUCGUUAGUAGUCGGUCAAGUACACCAGGACAAAAUAGGGUAGCCCAACAACCUAGAAGUGGAGGUGAAAGCAGGUAUAAUUCUAGCCCUAGUGUUCCUAGUUUCUCCUCGCCACGUAUACAAGAACUUCCAACUGAUACCCCUUCACACUCGGAGCCUUUGGUAGGCAAUCAAAUUGAUAGAUUACCUAGCAGCCCUUACUCAUCCCAGGCUGACAGAGUUGCAAAGGGAACAACUAACAACUCAACCAAGUCUCACGCAACCGCAAAGCCUCGGGACAGAAAAUUCAGAAUGUCGAUGACAGAUGUAGAGGAUACAAUUGGGGGCUGGUGUGAUGGGCGAAAACCGAAAAUACGAAGCUCAGUACUUGGCCAGAAAUCUGCCAUUCAAGAAAAGAAAGCAGCGAUCCACCUUACGAACAAAAAUGCCAAAAACAAGAAACUAACUAUCGAUGACGGAAAGGCUAAUGAAGUUGUUGAAGGACAAACAUCGAAGACAACAGUGGGGCAGAAACUAAACAACUAUUCUUUUACUAAACCUUCAGCCCCAGUAGGUACAAAACGGGUUGUUAUUGAGCUAUCAGAUGAUGAAUCUGAAGACGGAUAUGUGAGGCCUAUUCUGCUUCUGGCUGCACCAGAGAGUUCCAUUAUUGUUAUUGACAGUGACGAUGAAGAUUCAGUUUCUGUGGAAGCAGUAAAUGAAGUGAAGGAUACAAAUGCAGUUGAUACUUCGUUGAUUUCAUCACCUGUUCCUACCAAGUCUCGGUUUGAGUUGAACCUUGCUUCUGAUUCUAUUGCCGAUUCGUCCUUUUCCUUUCUGAAGCAAGAAGCCCCCAAACCUUUGUCAUUUCAAGAAUCAAAAAAGCCUUCCAAAGUUGAUUCUUUUGUCCUCCCAGAAAAGCCUGCAUUUAUUCAUUGGCUAAGUUCAGAUGAAGAAGAUGACGAUACAUUUACUGCGAUGCCAGUGGAAAGGACCACGAGCAGCAAUAUCACGAGAAGACAUGAUUCUGUUCCAUUGGAGCCUGUGCAAACCGAAUCGAGGCAACCAUCUACCCGUGUUAUCAAAAACUCAAGAAUUGAACGAAGCACGGAAAACGGGGCCCUGAAACUUAAAAGUUCUACCUUUCAACCUUCAGGUUCGCAAACACUCGACACGGCCACUAGAUCUAAGUCUACACUGGAUGCAGGGUUUGCUAGACCAACCACUGAGUGUUCGUUGAAACCAGUCAAAAGAGCAAGUACUAUACAAGAUGAUAACCCUGGAGCAAAGAAAGCAAGGCGCUCCAAAGCCGACAGUUUGCUUGACGAACUACCGAAAAUUGACAAUUUCGAAUAUAGCUACAAGGAGUUGCAGGAGGUUAAUCGGGUAUCUAGAAAGAAGGAGGAGCUAUAUGCAGAAAUGGAACUUUAUGUAUGUUCUAAACUACAUGAUCUGAUAAAGGAUUACUCGGAGGAUAUCAAGCUGAAAAUUGUGCCUUUUGAUCUGGAAGUGCCUUUGAUAUACUGGAAAAGGAAUGUCAAAGCAGAGUACAUCAAAGAAAAGGACUACUUUAUACCCAUAUCUGCAAAAAAAGUUGCACAACGAACCUUUGUCUUGUAUUAUUUGGCCCAAGAUUUUUUAACCAAGCUUCAUUCACAGGAGCUUAAGCGUGAUGUGACAAGUGCAACUGAACAAAUGUGUAAUAUAUUGGUGCAAAAGUAUCACGUAAUCAUCAUGGUUGAGGGAUAUGAUCAGCUAAUCAACAAGAUACAGACAUACAAGCAAAGACAAUUUCGAUCGCAAGUUUUAAAUGGUGAAGAGCAGGCAAAGAGAAAGAAGGAUGAUGAGCAGAUGUCUAAAUUUCCUGAACCAGCUGAGAUUGAAAGGUUGUCCAAUAGAGCGCAAUUAGAUUUGAAGGUUAAUAUCUUCACUGUUAGAUCACGACCAGAGGGUGUCAUGUGGUUGAAUUCUUUUACGUACACCAUUGGUUCAGCCUUGUAUGAUAAGUACGAGAGAAAUAAAAACUUGGCAAACCUAGGAGCGGUGCGAUCUGGGAGUGACACAAAAGCAACUUUUCUACAGUCUUUUCAACAUAUCCCGCUUAUGACACAUUCAAAGGCGCAGAUUUUGCAGUCCUCUCAUGCAUCCAUGUAUCUGAUUUAUUCAAAGUUGUGUACCUCUGGUACAUUAGGCAAGGAUGCUACUGGGAAAAACAUUGUACCACCUUCAGUUGACUCAACAUUGUUGAACUUUUUUACAUCCGAUGACCCUGACAAGGCAAUUACGUGA